GUCGAUGGUUUGUUCGGUUGGUUCGUUUACAAUAUUUCGGCACAUCUGCAAAUCAUGCGUCUAAAGUUGGAACAGCUUUUGCAACUGCACGUCGAUGAUCCAAGUUUUCAUCGCGAUUUUGUCGCUCUCAUUAAUUAUCAUCGCGAAACUAUCGACUUGGCUUUGGAGCUUGAUGCUGUCUAUGCGCCAAUCAUAUUCUUGGAGGUCACGUCUUCGUGCUUGCCAAUUUGUUUUCUUGCUUAUCAAUUGUCCUAUUUAUCCGAUCCAGCGAAUGUGCCCUUCAUUUGUCUGCUGUUGUCGUCUAUUGUAAUUCAAUUGAUGAUUUAUUGCUUUGGCGGUGAGAAGGUGCAAAGUGAGUGUGAUGAACUCUCUGAAAAUAUUUAUUUGCUAAUACCGUGGCAGAACCUACCACCGAAGCAUUGUCGUCUAUUACUUAUCCCAUUUAUUCGCUCGCAGCGUGUUUUGGUCUUGACCGGCUACUUCUUCACAGCCAAUCGUAGUCUACUUGUUUGGAUAUUCAGAACUGCGGGCUCAUUCACUGCCAUGUUAUUUGCACUGAAAGAAAAGGAGCUGUAA